AUUCCUCUCUAUCGUUUACUUCCGCUGUCAAGACUGGGCCUGCGAAUUUUUUUAAAUAGAAUAAAAAGUGCCAAUAGAUUUGUGUCUGAUAACUGUAUUUCUCCAAAAUGUCAGAUAUUCUGACCGAACCCGAUACAGGGAUAGGUUUUUAUAGAAUUAGCGACCCAAUAAAAAAUUUAAAAGUGAGAAUUCGAUUGGAAAAGGCGUCAAGCAUCAAUCUACCAAAGUUCCAAUCUGACGAUGAUCAAACAGGCGCAGAAGAAUAUGUUUUUGCAUGGCAAGAGAAAGUUCUAAGCAGACGAGAAUAUGAAUUAUAUUCGGGUGAAAAUUUUACACCAUCGAAUGGCUUGGAGCAAAGAUACAAAUCUCUCUCUAAGGAAGGCAGGAAGACCAAAAGGCUAUUUUCAUAUGUAGAUCACGAUGCUUUUGUAGGAUCUACAAAAAUGACACCGCUAGCUUCGAAUAUGACAGAAAUUAUUGAAAAUGAUGAGAGGAAAGCACCUGUGAGACAAAGGGGAAUUUCAAGACGACUUGAAGUUGAUUAUGAGCGGAAAGGUGAAAACACAAAAAGUUCUGCAUCGUAUAUAACUAUGUACAUCAUGGCUGAUUUAAAUGCUGCAGAAGAACCAGCUAUUCAAGGAAAUGAGGCCAUAUUGUGCACGAUAAAACACUAUUCUAACAAUGUUCUAAGCAUGAAGCCGAAUUUUAACAAAGGUAGGCAAAAUUAUCGCGUGAAUGUUGAGGGAAAACGUAGCGAACUUUUCGAAUAUACUAUUGAACACUGGAGUAAACAACCAUCUAAACAGGAAGAGGAAAAAGAAAAGAGAAUGUUCCAAAGUAUUUAUAAUCGAAGAGCAGAAAACUUGAAAGCUUUUGUUGGUUCAAGUGGUUUUGAUGGACUUCCUCCAAAUUCUUUACGAAUUGUAUUAAAUGGAGAAAUUCUCAGCGCUCAAAAUUUUGAAUAUUCAGGAGUGUAUGUUAACUAUUUCUUAGAGUUACCUACUGGUUGGAUGACAACUAAUUCUUUGGAUCUCUUUGGCACAACUUGUACUUGCUCCCUAAAAAAAGAGGGGAGAGGAAACAUUGCGCAUUUUUCGCACCCUUUCACUAUAGAAUUGAUUUAUACACCUCAAAGAUUAGUAAAACAAGAAUACUUUCCAGAAUGGCCCGAACUCUUUUUCGAGAUUAUUUCUUACGAUUCGUGGCAGAGAUUUCGAACCGAGGGAUAUACCUCUGUAAAAGUACCUCUGAAGCCUGGAAAGACUGAAAAUCAAUUACAAUGCUGGCGUCCAGUGGGUACAUCUAUCUUUACGUCUUUGAGAAGAUUUUUUAUUGGGGGAACAGCUGAAUUAGAGGAUACAACCUAUGUCUCAAAACCUUCAACAUUCCAAGGAAGUCAUUUGAGUAGAUAUGGAUUCAGAACAGAAAGUACUGGAGAUUUAAACGUUAGAUUGUACGCCGUCCAUCAGUCUAAAGCGGCUAAAGAUAAAUUGAACCAGCGAACAAAAGCCUGGAAUCUGGCAGAAAAGAUGGGUGCUGGCACAACUCAAGCUGCAGAUAUCUUUAGUCUUCUAGAAGCUUACAAAAGAGCUAAGGAAGCUAUGAUACAAGCUAGAGAACAUUUAAUUAAAGAUUAUGACACAAUGAAACCACCGGAAACUAGUGAAUGGUAG